AUGAAAAUGAAGGGCCUACUGUGCAUAUGGUCUGUGUGGUUGGCUGCGCCAGAAUCCAUCGCAUUUGUUGCAAACCAGCAGCAGCACAGAGGGACGAUUAGAAUCAAUGAUUUUUCACUAUUUGGCAUAUCAGAGUGGCGAGAUUCAAUAUUUAAUUUACCAGGCGCGGAUCGACAACCGCUAGGAACAGAAGUUGGCCCACCGGCCAAAGAGAUUUGCAUUUUGCCUUUCCCAUACGACGAAGUGCUUCUACAGGGGCAAGAGAAACAACUUCGUUUGUAUGAGGAUCGAUUUAUCAAGUUGUUCGACUACGCCAUGGAGCAGCACUCAGGAGUAGUCGCAAUGGGUCUAAUCGCCGAAAGUGGAAUCAUUCAAACUGUUCCUAUUUGUGAAAUUGAAGCAUACAAUCGAAUGGAGGGUUUCGGCAUCUUCGUUACUCUCAGGGUAUGUUCAAGGGGUCAGCUCUUGGAAAUCACGCAACAAGACCCGUGGCUCAAGGCAACUUGCACUGAAAUUUCGGACAAAGUACCACCAAACUUGGAGCUUCCAAAUUUGGUUGCUAGCAAUAUCGAGAACUUUAUGUUAUUAUUGUCAAGUAUGGAGCAUCGGCUAGCGAAAGUUUCGGAUAAGGACGGUGACGGAGACGACAAGGAUGUUGCAGAGAUGCGACGUAAGCUUCAGGCUGCGAAGUUGGAUGAUCGUUUCUAUGACGAUCUUGGAGACGACGAAGACGAUGAAGUUUCGGAACUUGACCGCAAGGGUCGAUUCACACAAGCCUAUAACGUUGCUCUUUCGACCGAUACGCAAGGCUACUGUGUACCUACCGGUACAAAAUUAGACAGAACGCCGCAAGAAUUAACAGCUAUCAGUUGGGCUGCGUUUUGCACCAAUGUAUUGCCAGAUGAAGAUGCCUCUUUCCGAAUCCAAGCACUGGAUGCCGACGACUUAUUUGAUAGACUAAAGCUUGCCUCGCAUAUGCUCCGAGAAAAGAAAUCGUUCACUCGACAAAUGAUGGAGAAAGCCGGUCUCAAGCUCAAAGGAGAUGAGGAUUUUGAUGAAGACUUCUAA